CAGUUCAUCACAUCAACACAACCUUUGGCGCCUAUAUUGUCUCGUGAUUCAUUGUUAUGUCUUGAUGGUGAAAUACUAGGUUUAUAUUGCCCUUGGAGAGAUGUGUAUUAUGAACCUAGAGACCGUUAUGGGAAUAAGAUUGACAAAGAAUUGCAAACUUAUUUAACAAAGAAAGGUGCAUUUAUUGUUCCACAAAUAUCAGAACAAAGAAAAUUGGUUCAGUUAUACUUGGAUAACCUUUACCCUUUUUAUCCAGUUGUACAAAGAGAUGUUAUCAAUGAUUUACAAAGUGUACCUUUGAUUUUGCUGAAUGCAAUGAUGUUAGCUGGUGUGAGAUAUGAUAAAAGCUUGAAAAACACUGAAUUUAGAAUCAGGGCUGAAGAAUUUAGGUCUCGCUGUGCUUUAUUACAAAUGAUUGAAUCGAACAAAGUCACCUUGAUUCAAUCUUAUUUAUUGCUAUCAUCAAAUGAAGAAGGGCCAGAGGGACCAAGCUCUUCAAGAGAAUAUAUUUCAAAAGCAGUUAUACUCAGUAUUGAAUUGGGGUUACAUAACCUCGCAACUAGUGAACAAUUUGAUUUGACCAAAAUUGAUGGUACUGAUAAGAAAACUGCAUUUAGGUUGAAUUACAGUAGGAAUUUAAUGGCUAGAUUAUUUUGGACUUCUUUUUGUUGUGAUAGAACCACUGCUGCUACAAGUUGCACCGCAAUGCUUUACAACAUUUCAGAUAUGAUUGUUGAUGAGCCAAUCGUGAAAGAUUUUGAUGAUGGUGUUCAUCAAACUCAAGAUUAUGAAUUGUUUAAACGGUGGUACACAUUAACAAAACUGUUUGAAAGAGUACUCAUGAAAGUUUACAGACCACCAGGUAAAAGAAGUGUUGAUGAUGAAAGUUUAGAGCUGGAUUUGUUGAAUUGGGGAAUUAGAAACUUGAAUGCCACGUUACCGGUUGAGUCAAAGUUCAUUAGGUUUUUCAAAAUUGUUCAUGCUUAUUGCAAUUUGUUAUAUCUUCGAUGCAAGAUCGGGUUCUUGGAUUUAAUUGAGGAUAAUAUCCAACCAAAUUUUGAGUCAAACUCAAAUCCAUUAUCAACUGCUGGAAUGUAUUAUGUUACAAAAUUUUCAAAAGACGUUAUUGAAAAUUUGACCAAUGGAGAGGACAAUAUUGAACAUAUCAUCAACACACAUGCGCUUCUACAUGUCCUCGUUCUGCUUCAUUUGGAAAUGGAAUCAAAGAAGCAAAUCACUCAAGAGAAUAGUGCUGAAUAUACUCAUCAACAAUUUGACCAAUGUCUAGAAUUGUUGCAACAGUUUAGAAACAAGUGGUGGUUUUCAGCAGCAGCUUUCCAUCUAUUCAAGACACUUGCAGAAAAGCAAUCAACUAUGAAGUUCAGUCCAACAACAUUGGAAAGUAUAUUCAUCAACCAGGGUGAAUUCGGAGAAAAGUUAACGGUUUGA